AGGAAGGGUAAAGGUCAACACCGUGGUGACAAGGUGGAAAGAUGUCUGUAUGGGCAGUGGUUGUGUGUUGAUAUUGAAGAGUGGGGCAGGAAGCAAUCUGGUCAUGUGGUGCAUCUGAAGAUCAACUGGAUGGCAUGAGGUGAAGAUGUCAAUAAGAAUGGCAAAUGUAGGCGGUGAAACUUUGGUAUCAGAAGAGCAGAACUUUGGUGCUCAAGCCACAGGAGUGGAAUGGACUAUCAUUAUCCUCACGUGCCAGUACAAAGAUAGUGUGUAUGCCUUCCAGAGAGAGCUUGAAAUCCGCCAGCGCAAAGGGUCUAUUGCUCCUGGUGUGGUCCUACUUACCGUUGGGGAUCCAGAGGCUCAUGUUGGCAGUGGAGGUGCAACCCUCAAUGCAUUGUUGGUUGCUGCCGAACACCUCAGUGCCAGGGCAGGAUAUACGGUUGUCACCUCUGAUGUACUGCAGACAGCACGACUACUGAUCCUCCACAUGGGUCGAGACUUUCCCUUCGAUGACUGUGGCCGUUCAUUUACCUGCUUCCCAAUGGAGAACCCCACUGGAAAAGCAGAGGCUCUUGUCUGUAACAUCGAUGUUCUGCUGCACCUCAUGACACACAAGCUGGGACCAGGCAGUCCACCAGGUGUAUGGGUGUGCAGCACAGAUAUGAUCCUGACUGUCCCUUCCUACCCAGAUAUAUGUUGGGAUGGAUUCAGUGGUGUUCGAGUGGUGUCCAUACCUGGGACUGUCAGUUAUGCUCGCAAUCAUGGUGUCUACCUCAUUGACCGGGAGGGUUACAUCUGUGACAUCAUCUACAAGGGAACAGAGGAGAAGAUAAAGGAAUGUGCACUACAGGACGGCAGAGUUCCUCUGGUAUCCGGUAUCGUGUUCUUUUCAUCAGAGACGGCUGAGAAACUCCUGGCUACACACGUCAUUCCUCCACUGGACGGUUGCACCUACAUGGGUCUGGACUCAGGGGCUCAUCCUGUUCAGCUGUCCAUUUUCUUUGACAUCUUGCUCUGCAUGGCACGCCACAUUGGCAAGGAGGCCUUUGUGGACGGGGCCAGAAGGAUCCUGCAGAGCGGCGACAUCACUCCCCCCAGCACGGACGCGGCGACGAUGAGCAGUGCCAGGGCUGCUCUUUGGCAGGAGCUCCGAGGUAUUCCCAUCACUGCGGUCCUUAUAACUGAUGGUGGCUAUGACUACAUGAGCCUGUCACCCGAUGAUCACAUACGGAACCUGACCCGGAGAGGGAAUGUGUCUGACUGCUUCGUGAGCCGUCACGUUGUGUACUCUAAGCUGACACACCCUGCUCUGCUGAACGAGAAUUGUUCUGUCAUCAAUAGCCUCCUGGAUGGAGAGACCAGAGUCGAUGCAAACAGUGUGGUCCAACACUGCCACCUAGAGGGGUCCAUUCACUUGGGGUCUGGUUGUCUUCUGUCGGGGGUGGAUGUGCCGUCAUCCCUCGCGCUCCAACGACGCCAGCUCUGUGACGUGAUCAUCCAGGGGCACCACAUCAGGCUGAGGGGCCUGCAACUGAGGACUUUCACCAUCAUGGGACGUCUGGAUGACCUGCAGGUGCCUUUCAGCAAUAGGUCCUCAACCUUCCUGAACGUACCAUGGUCCACGUUCUUUGAAAGAACAGGAAUCAAGAAAGAGGAGAUGUGGGCUCCCAGCCGCCUGGAAAACAACUUGCUCAAUGCUCAGCUCUUCCCGAUCUUGCAUGCAUCCGAGCCCAUCGGGUUGGAGGAUGUGCUGUGGCUCCUCGGACGGCAGGAUGGACGGGAUCUGAGGAAGUGGCAGUCCGCCUGGCGCCUGUCGAUGAGGGAGAUCCUGAGCUGCCUGGACCAGCAGGCUGAGCUCGCCUGGAGGCAGCAGCUCUUCCUCGCCCGGGCCCAGCACCAAGUGCAGAGCACCCUGCACACCCGCAGAGACAGCAGCCUCUGCCCUCUGAUCAGAGCAGCUGUCUGUGAGGGACAUGAGCAGCAGAUACUCCACACCCUCGAUACAGUGGCUGCCACCACCAAGGACCUGGGAGUGGCGGCCCGUGCCCUUGCCUGCGUGGCCGAUGUCCUGGGUUGUAUGGCCAGGGGGCGGGGCGGGCUCCGAAGCGGGCCUGCUGCCAAUCGGACCUGGACUGGAGCCUUCCGGCUGCUGGAGAGCGGGAACGUGGCGCUCGGGGUGGAGAAGCUGACAGAGGAGCGGAGUAAAUGGCUGAGCAGACCUGACCUGCUUGUGAGGGCUGCCCGUCACUACGAGGGGGCGGAGCAAAUCCUGAUCCGACAGGCUGUCAUGUCAGCCCAUGAGUUCAUCUCGAUGAGCAAGGCGGAGCUUCCUCCCAUGAACCACUGGCUGGUCGCCGAAUGUCCGGCUCGUAUCGACAUCUCGGGUGGCUGGAGUGACACACCACCCAUCACGUACGAACACGGGGGAGUGGUGCUGGAUGUCGCCGUUCUGGUGGACAAGCAGAAACCGAUUGGCGCAAAAGCGCGCCGCAUCCUGGAGCCAAAGCUGCACCUGGUCAUGAGCAGAGGCGGCAGAGAGCAGGGGAUGCCCUUGGAGAUAACGUGCCAGAGUCUGGAUGAUCUGAAGGACUACUGUCAGCCCCAUGCACCAGGGGCUUUGCUGAAGGCAGCCUUUAUCUGCACAGAAAUCAUCCAGUACCCCUCCCAGGUGUCGCUGCGGGAUCAGUUGAUGGCAGGGUUUGGCGGCGGCUUUGAGCUUCACACUUGGUCCAGUCUGCCCCAUGGAUCUGGCAUGGGAACAAGUAGCAUCCUGGCAGGCGCGGUGGUAGCAGCCCUGAUCUCAGCAGCUGGGAAGUCCUGUGAUACCACUUCCCUUAUCCAUGUUGUGCUUCACCUGGAGCAGAUCCUGACAACAGGUGGAGGCUGGCAAGAUCAAGUGGGAGGGCUGGUGCCUGGGAUCAAGGUCGGUCGCUCCAAGCCCCAGUUGCCCCUCAGAGUGGACAUUGAGCGUAUCCCGGCGACUGGCGAGUUUGUGAAGACCCUGAAUGACCACCUGCUGCUGGUGUACACGGGGAAGACACGGCUGGCCCGCAACCUUCUGCAGGAUGUGCUGCGGAACUGGUACGCCAGACUGCCCAGUAUCGUGCAGAACACAGACGCACUGGUUAGGAACGCGGAGGAAUGUGCACAAGCUUUUAUCAAAGGCGACCUCUCCUGGAUCGGGCGGUGCCUGAAUACCUACUGGCAGCAGAAGAAGUGCAUGGCACCUGGGUGUGAGCCAUUGGCGGUCCGGGAGAUGAUGACCAUCCUGCAGCCCCACGUACAUGGGCAGAGCUUGGCUGGGGCAGGAGGUGGCGGCUUCCUUUAUCUCCUAACCAGAAAACCUCGGCAGAAAGAAGCAAUCGAGAGGAUACUGAGAGCAAGCGAGGGUUUGGGGAACUUCAGCGUCCAUGAGGUGGAGGUUGAUGAGACUGGACUCACCGUGUGCCUGACUGGACCAGAGGGACACCCAAGUCUCACACUGAUUACCUGACCAACCAAAACAGACUUUGUUCUAUCAAGAACUAAGGAAAAUCACUGAAAAUAUUGAUGGACCUGAUUACAUUUAUUGGUAUUGGUAUUUGAGUAGUUCAAGACAUCCGUGUUAGUAAUUUUUGUUUGUAUAGUUCACUUUGAUUAUGACACACUAAUCAGAACUUUCCUCUAUCUGCCUCACACAUCAGAAGUUAACCUGAUGUAAGUAUUUUUCUAGAAUACAGGUGACGUGAUGAAACAAAUGAAGUUUGAGUGGUUUGUAACGAUUCAUACUUCAGGGUUAGAGCCCUGAAGGGGCACUGCAAGGUCC